AUGAGCUGCUCAAGUGUCAGCCGGAAGCUCAUUGCUUUUGGGAAUAACGUCUGCGGUAAUCUCGAUCCCACCUGCUCCUCGAUAAUCCAAAGACCAUCCGAUGUCACGACACACUGUGAUUGCGAUGAUAUCAAUUGGUCAAGCUGGACUUGUACCAUUGGUGGUGACCCGCUGAGGAUAUGGGGCAAUGAUCCCUUGGUAAUCGAUGACCAGCCUACCAAGAUUGAUUUUUCCGGUCGAGUGAUUGGCUUCGAAAGACCACUAGCAUUUUUGCUCGAGGAUGGUCAUGUGGAAAGCACGGAGGGAAAGAGAUCGUCUACAACUUGGGAUCAAGUAGUAUCUACUGGACUGGGUGUGACAUACGCGUGUAAAGCCGACCAGAUAUAUCGCUUCGAUGACUUGGAGCAUUUGAUGCGGAAUGACCCUUCUUUUGGUCCAAUUCACGGCCUGCCACCUGGUGCGCUUCAACUGUAUGCUACCGAAUCCCGAACCUUCACAUUGGUCGAUGGUUCAGCGCCGCAUCUUUACGAGAUGAUCGACGUCAAAUCGCUUCCACCAAGACUGGUCAAGACCGGUGAUCCGGUUCAAAUCGAACAUAUCGAUGAUCUGGAAGCGUCAGGGAAUUUGAAAGUAAUAGCAGGCUCAGGUAACCGGUUCGGUGUUGUUACUGAAGUCGGCGUUGCCUAUCUUCUGCCAUCAAAUGGAGAUAUCGAGAUGGUAUCGUUUGACGACGAGGAAAUCCGAUUGAUGGGAGUAGGAGCAGACUUUGAGAUGGUCGUAACAGAUCAGAAUAUAUAUGUACGAGGAUCAAGUAAGUGA